AAGAGGAGGAACUAAAAUAUGGUCAUUUAGUUAAUAUCACUUCUCUACCAACGCCAAACCAAACAAGCUGCUGAAGGUGUGCCGGACACUUACUGAGAAACGUUCUGGAUGAAAGGUCACCCUUACAUUAUUUGGAUGUCUUUGAAUUCGGGUUAUUAAACCGUCGUAGAGAAACGAUUGAAGAAGCUUGAAGUGCGCGCACAAAUCUGCAGUCAUUAGUUUGAAGACGAGAUAUGCGUAGACAGUGAGUGAAGACUUCUGCACUGAGCCUGCCCGCGAUACAUCGUUGAGCUUUUCAGUUUUAUCAAUAUAACUUUGGCUGUAGAGUUUUGAACCAUCUACGCGAAAUGGAGAGACAGCAGUGUUGAAAGACUACUGGAAUUUUCGUUUUCCCAGACCGAUCAUGAAAAGCUGACGGCCAGAACCUGAGUGAUUGUGCCUUGCCAGGGAACAAAACACUCUCCACAGAAUCAAGUAAGAGGGCUGCAUUUACCAGAGGGCCUCCCAGACUCCAUAUCAGAUUCCUCGUUUAUCUGCAAAUCAGCUGACCUGAAAGCUGUCAUGGCAGCAUACGGUCAGACCCAGUACAGCCCCGCCCUCCAGCCCGCGGGACCAUACACACCGUAUACACACCACGCCCAGGGAUACAGCAUGCCCUCGUACAACAUUAAAACAGAAGACAGCCUGAGUCACUCUCCAGGACAGAACAGUUUGCUGAGCUACUCCAACUUCAGCAGUACCCCCAGCCAGUCACUCUACAGCUACUCCACACAUGGUAGCAGUAUUUCAUCUGGGAUUUUCCAGGGAACCAACCCAAUCACUGGUUCCACUCCAUUUAACACCACACAGCAGGACUUCUCGACGUACUCCGGCUACAACCAGAGCCAGUACUCACCCUAUUACAACACACACUACAACAACCCGUACCUAACAGGAAACAACAUCAGCCCCGGCGCCAUCACCAGCGCCAUACCCUAUCAGCACCCAGAACACCCUGCCGUCAUGCCCAAUCACAGCCCGGAGUCCCAAUCAGGAGAGUACCACCCGCCUCCGAGCCCCCCCACUCCGGGUAAGGAGCCUGACGGGGUUCCAGUCAGACGGAGCUCCGAAGGAAAACUGAGGGGCAGGAAAAGAGUCAGCGACCCACAGCCCCCUCUGGACUCGGAUAUAGAGCGUGUGUUUGUAUGGGACCUGGACGAGACCAUCAUUAUUUUCCACUCUUUGCUCACGGGGAGCUUCUCCACACGUUUUGGCAAGGACUCGUCCAAGGCCGUGUCGCUGGGUCUGUGGAUGGAGGAGAUGAUCUUCAACCUGGCAGACUCACGGCUGUUCUUCAACGACCUGGAGGAAUGUGACCAAGUUCAUAUUGAUGACGUGGCGUCAGACGACAAUGGGCAGGACCUGAGCACAUAUAACUUUGCCACCGACGGGUUCCAGAGUCCCGCGGGGGCCGGUGCUCUGUGCCUGGGCUCCGGAGUCCACGGGGGGGUGGACUGGAUGAGGAAACUGGCCUUCCGCUACCGGAGAGUAAAGGAGAUCUACGGCACCUACAAGAACAACGUGGGAGGUUUGCUGGGCAGCCCCAAGCGCGAGGAGUGGCUGCAGCUCCGGCGGGAGAUGGAGGUGCUCACAGACCUGUGGCUGACUCAGGCUCUCAAGGCCCUGGCGCUCAUCAACUCCAGACCCAACUGUGUUAACGUUCUGGUGACCUCCACCCAGCUGAUACCAGCCCUGUCAAAGGUCCUGCUGUAUGGCCUGGGUUCUGCCUUCCCCAUAGAGAACAUCUACAGUGCGACCAAAACCGGAAAGGAGAGCUGCUUUGACCGCGUGGCGCAGCGGUUUGGUCGGCGGGCAGUCUAUGUGGUAAUAGGGGACGGAGUAGAGGAAGAGUCAGUAGCCAAGAAGAAAAACAUGCCUUUCUGGAGGGUGUCCUGUCGGCCUGAUCUAGAGGCUCUGAGUCAUGCACUGGAGCUGGACUACCUCUAGUGGUUGCUAUCACCAUACUUCCCAUCAUGCCUUCAGUUAUUUCCUGCCUGGUGAAGCCACUUCCCGCCCAAAGGGCCAAUUGGAUUGAGGGCUGCGACAAUUUACUACAAAACAAAAGCCAAGAGUCAAGGGACCAAUGUUUGUGCCUGCAGGGAAUUAGAAAUGAAACUGGAAAUCUUACACAUGCUUUAAUCAGUUCACAUGUGACCGGUAUCCCAGUUUUCCAUGUGAAAGGUAUCCCAGUUUUCCAUGUGAAAGGUAUCCCAGUUUUCCAUGUGGAAGGUAUCCCAGUUUUCCAUGUGAAAGGAAUCCUAUGUCUGAACUUUAAAAGGCUGAAAAUAUGGGAUCUGAGUGCAUUUCAUCCUUGUGCUGAGGAUGGAUAUUUAGUUUGUUUUGUGCUGGCUCAUUGUCUGAUUAGGAAUGGGUUAGGCAAGUGGGAACUGUAAAAUGUUUAAAUGGGGAUUGGACACUACCAGCACGUCAUUAGAGAUAGCUAGCUAGAUCCUACUUUGACUGGAUCAUUUCACAUGACUUAGUUUUUGUUGAUAGAUUGUGAAUUUCUAUUAUAACUACAGCCUUGAUAGUGCCUCUGUCUAAUUUAGCAGGUUUUUGAUAAAUUCAUAGUCUAAUUAGAUUUGUUUUAACCAAUAAAUGUGACCUAUUUAUUGAUCAGUUCAGUUACACCUGGUCAAAAUAAUAUUGUAGAUGAAAUCUUACCACAGUCUUACUGCUCAAUCUCAAUGUUAUGAGCUGAGACCUCAAAUUAAAAUGUAUUGGUUGAGGACAUGAGCAACAUGUAAACGUGAAGAUGGAUACAUUGCCAUAACAUUUAGUUCAUAGCCCAUUAAUGAUGAGUGUCAUUAUCAAUUUAAUCUAAUAGACUAUUGAAUUGCAACAACCACACAAUAGAGUCAAACUGCAGAGACUAUCUCUGCUCCCUCAGACAGGGUAAUAUCGAUUCUGGAUGAUGUUUUUCAAUAUAUCUACUGUAAUUAAUAUUACCAAAUUUGAAAACCCUUAUAUUUUACUUAUUUAAUGUCAUUUCCUCGGCAUAAUGGCAAAAACGAAUUAUGCAACCUCCAUUUGCAGUUUAGCCAAGAGGACAGACAGACAGAGACCAACAGCACUAACAAAACCAACUGUCAUGAAAUGGACUCCAUCUAAUGCGUAUUGCAGAAGUUCAGUGCUAUAGUUUUGCACUCUGGCGUUUCCGGAUACUACAUUCACAGUCAAUCACAAUAUAGUCCAGAAUCCUCCAAAAUAUGGGUCGAAUCGAGCCCUCAAUCAAUGUGGAAACAAAGCAACCCUUUUGACACAGCACAAGGAAAAUCAAUUACUUAAGAAAUAUCCAUUCCUUGUGAAACCUCACUUUAGGCAUAUCAUUUUGGCUUGAAGAGGACUUAGUGUAGUAAUUUAAUAUUCUAGAGAACACAUUUUCUGCUUCCUAAGUUUCUGGGUGUACAUUUGUUGUAAUCUUUCUCCAUGAAUGUUCAUACGGUAUAUAUCCUGUAUGUAAUGGACCUGUUAUGGUUGUCUUGGGACUUGCAUGUGCGUAUUACACUGCCUGUCAGCUUAGCUACGAUUUGUAUAUAAGGAUUUAUUGUUGAUUCGUUUUUUUUGACAGACAAUUAUAAUAGAUUAAUAAAGAUAAAUUAAUUACA